AUGAACUCCUCUUCCUCGUCCACUGCUGCCAACAGCAGCUCCACAUCCAUCCAACCCUCUGGUUUAGGAAUGUCCAUCUUCACCAUGACUUUUGGAGCCAUUUCCAACCUCACUGCUCUGGCAAUCUUGGCCAAGUCUCGAGUUCGGUUUAGGCGCCAGUCUAAAACUCCAUUUCUGAUAUUAACUGUGGCCUUACUAUUUGCUGAUCUUGUAGUUGUGGCGCAUAGAAUGCACAAUGCGGCGAGUGUCUCUGCCUCUCUGGGAUCCCUGGGACUGCUUCGGUUCUUCGGGGUGUCCUGGUCCUGGAGUCUGGCAGCAGGCCUCGGGGUCUACUUGGGGACAAAGAGCUGGAAAUACUUCUACAUUGCCGCCCACACAGCCCGGAGAGAUCUGAAUGGCCUUUAUGUGCUGGUGAGGGUGAAGUUGGCUCUGUGGAGCUACAUGAAAAAUGGAAGCAACAUUCUUGAUGUUUUUGCUGAAACGGUCAAGCGGCACCCAAAUAAACCUGCACUGAUCUAUGAAGCAACAGGAGAGACCUGGACCUUCACCCAGCUGGAUGAGCUGUCCAACGCGGUGGCCCACUGGGCCCAGGAUCAGGGCUGGUUGUCUGGAGAUGUGGUGGCCCUCUUCAUGGAAAGCAGGCCACUGCAAGUGGCUCUGUGGCUGGGCUUUGCCAAAGUCGGCGUUGAAGCUGCGCUGAUCAACUUUAACCUUCGACAAGACUCACUCAUGCACUGUCUCGAGGCGUCGGGCUGUCGGGCCAUCGUCUUUGGAGCUGAACUCGCUGAUGCCAUCCAGGACGUGAGUGCUGCUCUUAACCCGUCAAUGGUGCGGUUUUGCUCUGGGGAGCUCAGUGCUGCUCAGCUGACAGGCCUUAAAGCACAACCCCUGGAACCACUUUUACUGUGUGCUGCCAGACACCCUCCAUCACCCUGUCAUCCGCCAAAAGGCAUGAAUGAUCGACUGUUUUACAUUUACACGUCAGGCACCACAGGACUGCCAAAGGCUGCUAUUGUGGUUCACAGUCGUUACUACAGGAUUGCUGCUUUUGGCUAUUUUGCUUUCUGCAUGCGUCCUGAUGAUAUUAUAUAUGACUGUCUGCCACUAUACCACUCUGCAGGUAACAUCGUUGGAGUUGGGCAGUGUCUGAUCAAUGGCCUUACUGUAGUUGUGAAGAGGAAAUUCUCUGCCAGUCGUUUUUGGGAUGACUGCAUCAAGUACAAUUGCACGAUUAUCCAGUAUAUUGGAGAAAUCUGCCGCUACCUCCUGUCUCAGCCAGAGCAGCUGUCAGAGAAAAGGCACAAGGUUCGUCUUGCUGUGGGGAACGGCCUUCGUCCCAGUGUCUGGGAGGCUUUUACGCAACGCUUUGCGGUCAAACAGAUCGGAGAGUUCUAUGGAGCCACUGAGUGCAACUGCAGCAUCGCAAACAUGGACGGAAAAGUUGGAGCCUGUGGAUUCAACAGUCGCAUUCUGCCGUUUGUGUACCCCAUACGUUUGGUGAAAAUAGAUGAAGACACAAUGGAGCUGGUACGGGACAGUCGAGGCCUCUGUGUGCCCUGCCAACCUGGUGAACCAGGCCUUCUGGUCGGUCAUAUCAAUCAGAAGGACCCAUUACGCCGCUUUGAUGGCUAUGCUAACCCAGAAGCUACAAAGAAAAAGAUUGCUCAUAAUGUCUUCAAGAAAAAUGACACAGCCUAUUUAUCAGGUGAUGUGCUGGUCAUGGAUGACUUUGGCUACAUGUACUUCCGGGAUCGCGGUGGAGACACAUUCCGCUGGAGAGGAGAAAACGUGUCCACCACUGAAGUGGAGGGAAUCUUGAGCAACCUCCUGAAUCAGACUGAUGUCGCUGUCUAUGGGGUUGUGGUGCCAGGAGUUGAAGGUAAAGCAGGAAUGGCUGCAAUAGCAGAUACCACUGGGAGCUUUGAUCCCAACAGUUUCCUGCAAAAAGUCCAACAAGCUCUUCCUUCCUAUUCCCGGCCUGUGUUCCUACGGAUUUCCCCACAGGUGGACACCACAGGUACAUUUAAAAUCCAGAAAACUAGACUGCAGCGAGAAGGAUAUGACCCACAUCACUCCACUGACCAGGUCUACUUUUUAAAUUCCAGAGCUGCACGAUAUGAUAUUAUUGAUGAAGAGUUGUACAAUGCCAUAAUUGAAGGAAACGUUUCAUUAUAA